ACUCGACUUCUUUAGAUGCCUUGCCCUUCUGAGAGAGACACUUAGAAAGAGGUGGAAAGUCAACUGCAGGCGGUGCAAGUGCUUUUUGAGCCUGAUGCAUUUUUGAUGACUAGAGCUUCUCAGGCAUUUUAGAAGGUUCUCUGGCAUCUGGAUAUCUUCCGGCGAAGUUUCCGGCAGCUCACCACACACAAGUGUAUGGAGGACUCGUGCAUCUUCUGCGCUCUGAAGAGCAUCUUUGUGCAGUUCCAGUUCAGCAGUGAGAAGGUGCUGCCCUCUGACGCUCUCCGCUGCGCUCUAGCCAAAACCUUCCAGGAUGAGCAGCGAUUCCAGCUCGGCAUUAUGGACGAUGCAGCUGAGUGCUUCGAGAAUAUCCUCAUGAGGAUCCACUUUCACAUCUCUGAUGAGACCAAGGAGGACAUCUGCACGGCCAAACACUGCAUCCCUCACCAGAAGUUUGCCAUGACACUCUUUGAGCAGUGUGUGUGCAGCAACUGUGGAGCCUCCUCAGACCCCCUGCCCUUCAUUCAGAUGGUCCACUACAUCUCCACCACCUCUCUGUGUAACCAGGCAGUGCGGAUGCUGGAAUGCCGGGAGAAGCCCACCCCAGACAUGUUCGGAGAGCUGCUGAGGAAUGCCAGCACUGUGGGAGACCUGCGCAACUGCCCGGGCAACUGUGGAGAGAAGCUGCGUAUUCGACGUGUCCUGAUGAACUCCCCAGAGAUCAUCACCAUUGGCCUGGUGUGGGACUCAGACCACUCUGACCUAGCAGAAGACGUCAUUCAUAGCCUGGGCACCGUCCUGCGGCUCGGAGAUCUGUUCUACCGAGUGACAGAGGACAAGGCCAAACAGGCGGAGCUCUACCUUGUGGGCGUGGUCUGUUACUAUGGCAAACACUACUCUACUUUCUUCUUCCAAACCAAAAUCCGCAAGUGGAUUUACUUCGAUGACGCUCAUGUGAAAGAGAUUGGGCCCAAGUGGAAGGAUGUGGUGUCCCGCUGUAUAAAGGGGCAUUACCAGCCGCUGUUGCUGCUCUAUGCUGACCCCCGGGGGACGCCAGUGUCAGCUCAGGAUUUGGCUUCUCGUCUAGACCUACAUCACUACACUAAAGCAUACUACGACAGUGAGGAUUCAGGCCGUGAGCCGUCAAUUUCCAGCGACACACGGACAGACUCCUCCACAGACAGCUACAGCUAUAAGCAUUCACACUCCCACCACGAGUCUAUGGCUUCCCACUUCUCCUCUGACUCCCAGGGAACCGUCAUCUGUAACCCGGACAACGACUCCGCCUCCCACAGCAGCCUGGAAACCACAGGUCCUGACAGCGAUCAAGUGCAGCGCCACACUCUCAGAAAAGACGGGGUCUUGGACAGAAAGGGAGGAGUUUUGGACCGGAAACGAAGUGCCAGCAGGCCACGAAAAUUUGAGGUCCGGGGUGAUUCAAGGAGUCGUUGCUCUAAGACAGAUGAGGUGUUGUCUGCCGGCUACCACAGCGAAGGCGAGACUUUAAAAGAGCAGCAGGUUCCUCGUUCCCUACCUAAGCCUAGCUCCAGUCGACUUCGAGACUUUAAGGAGACUAUGAGCAACAUUAUCCAUAACCGGCUGCUUUCCGCAUCAUCCUCGGGCUCCGUUGGCCCACCUGACUUCACCGCUAAAGCCCGAGACUGGGAAGCUGACAGCACCAGCAGUGAGUCCAAGUCCAGCUCCUCUGGAGGGCAAUACCGUCCGCCCUGGAAGCCUCGCCGUGAGGCCCUCAACAUCGACAGCAUCUUUAGCAGGGAACGCCGCAAGCAGGCCGGGUACAGUCCGCUAGGCGCUCUCUUGUCUGAAGAAACUGGGCCUCAGGGGGACUUGGCGGCAUCAUCGGAACAGACCACCUUUCGAGACCUAACGGGACCCCUGAGACGAGGAUCAGAGCAGCCCCCGCGGCUUAUCCAGAGGAUGGAGAGUGGCUAUGAGAGCAGUGAGAGGAACAGUAACAGCCCCGUCAGCCUUGACAUGCCUGUUAGCGAGGGCACCAGUAAUGGCACACACAGCUUGCAAGAGGCAGGAAUGAAAAAGCCUCCACCUGAUGUCAGCCUAUCAUGGAAGACUGUCACCAAAUCCAAGAGCAGCAGUGCUUUACUGCAGGAUGUCAAAGCAUCAGUCAAGGGCAGCAGUCACAUGAGUUUAGCAGGUGAGGGCCGCAGUGAACUGGAUGAGCUACAGGAGGAAGUAGCUCGCCGGGCCAAGGAGCAAGAGUUACAGAGGCGAAAGGAAAAGGAGAAAGAGGCGGCCAUGGGCUUCAAUCCCAGACCCAGCAAGUUCAUGGAUCUGGAUGAGCUCCAGAACCAAGGGAAAGGGGAAGGCUUUGAGAGGUGUGUGUUGGAGGCAGAGUCUCUGUUAGACCAGUCUCUGAGGUUGGAACAGGCAGGAGAGGUGGCCGCCGCUCUGUCUGUGGUUAACGAAGCAAUGUCUAAACUCAGGCAUACCUUGCAUGAGAGCAGCGCUAACGCUCAGGGCAGGAUGCAAAAGUGCAUGAGGAGAGCACGAGGUCUGCAGCAGCGCAUGCAGCAGCAGCAGGAACUGCAGCAGAAGCAACAGGAGGAAGAGAAGGAACAGAAACAGCCCCUCAGCGAGCAGUCUGUCCCGGUCCAAAUACUUCUGACAAAUGUUAAAGAAGAGGAUGAGAAGGCAGUUUCAGAAGAUGCAUUAAGACCACCAUCACCUCUCCACAUGAAACCUCAGUCUACAAAUAAACCGAUUUCUGAAGCCCCCGGCCCUCCUGUCUCCUCCUACCAUACCGAUACACUUUGCCAGCAGCAAGACAAUGCAGGGGACAACUCCAGUCCUCUUGCUGUGACAGAGAAUGGGCCACACUCACACACGUGGGGCCCCAGAGACCCUGUAACCACCACAAACUCUCUUGUACAAACUUCUAGUAUGCUCAGUUCUGCCACUGUGCCUGUGAUCGCAGUGAAUGGCUGUGAGGCUCCUCUUAAGUCGUCGGCUCCUCUCAAUACGCCCUCUAGUCCAUCUCAUUUCAGUGCCCGUCAAACACCUUCCAUUUCUGAUCACUCCAACUCUGGGGAAGGACUGCAAAACCCGCCUCGUCCUCUGUCUCUCCACGGCCUAACCCACACACCCCACAGCCAUGCUUCUGAUGCCUGUCAAAAAUCACUCCCAGCACCCUCGCGUAAUUGGUCCUGUCGCAGUCUGGAACGUCCUGAUGGCCGUCCUACUGAGAUAGAGUCCUCCCCAUACUCUCCAGCAGACCUCCGCUCCCCCUCGUCCCCCUGUCCUCCGUCCCGGUCUUCACCAGAACGGGAUCAGCGUCCAGCCGGCCCUAUGCCCGUGGAGCGGUGGGCCGAGAAUGUCAAUCGAUACUACAACUCCCAGAAUUGUGCACGGUCGGGACGUGGCUCACCCUGUGAGGAGCUGUCAGAGCUGGACUCACUUUAUCAGGCCAGCUUGAAGGCUCCCAGCAUGCCCCGUGCCCCACAGGGACCCAGCCCUCAGCUAGCCAACAGAUCAGGUCCCGCUGCUUCUCGUAAGCACAACGCUGGAUACUCUGCCACACUUGGUCGUUCUAAAACCCCCACAGCAGAGAUCGAGAGGAGUGCCUACAGGACACCAGCAUAUAGCACUAAAUCACUUCAGAGGCCUGUGUCUGCUGCGGCCUAUGAUGCACCACUGGGUGAGGAUGAAUCAUACAGUGCCGAGAACCUGCGACGAAUUGCUCGGAGUCUGAGUGGGACUGUCAUUGGAGGACGGACUGAUGUACCCCCGUCUCGCAGCUUUGACCCCCAUGUCUCCAGGAUGUCCACGCAUGUGAAUGUGCAACUCCCCACACGUCGUUCCAGCACCUCCCUGCAUGUUUUAACCCCUACUUCCCACAAUCCUCCUAUGUUCCCUCAUGAACCGCAGCCCCAAUACCCUCACCCAAGCCACCGCCACCACCCCGCCCUUCCAUCACACCUGCACCAGCAGACACUGAGGCCCUCUCAUGGACAAAAAGGAGAUUGUCAAAAGGCCAACAAGUUUUUGGCUGUGCUUGACAGGGGUGAAACUUUCUCCCGUGAAAACUACCACAAUGUCGCAAUGAGCUACGGCACCCUUCCAAGGGCCCACCGUAGGUCAGUUUCAUCUGGGUCCCCUGUGCACCAAGCAAGGCCGGGACCCCCAGCGGGCCCAGGCCCCCGGAACUACCCAGACGCAGCCUACGCCACACUAUCCCACCCUCACCGCACUACAGCAUCAAAUAGGACGAUGGAUGGCUUUUACAGACAGCCCCACCAACAAUCUGCUUCAACCACCCCAAUCCUGCAUCACUCCAGCCAUCAUCACCCUCACCUUGAGCCGCCGACCCAACCCCUCCGCCUUGAUGUGCCCCCCGAGAGGGACUGGAGGGCUGCUAGGGACACUCGUGUCUUCCCCAGGACAGAACCACGUGGUGGGACAUCCCGUGGCCCUCCUGUUUAUAUCUGCGGGUUGUGCAAGCAGAACCCAGCUGAGCCCACUAGAAGCUACUGCCAGACCUGCAGAGCCCAUAUGAACCACUACAGAAUGACCAGCUGAGUCAUGCAGGAAACGCAUCCUUCAACGCACUCAUUGUUAGCUGCUUUGGCUAAAGUGAAAGACCAUGAUGUUUGGCUCAUAUGUGAAUGUGGAGUGGUCAUUUUCCAAAAGCAUAUUUUAAACGCAGCUGCUGCAUUUAAACGCUAAAAGGAGGGCGUCCACUCCCUGCGCUUUUAAACAUUUCCACUGCAAAUUCAGUUCCACAGAGUUAGGUUCACUUUAAUUGGCCACCAUCUCAGCACAAAGCUGUGAAGAACAGAGCACUUUGCUGCGUGGGCCUCUGCAUCUUAACUGAUGCAAACACAAAACGCCAAGACUGACAAACCUUGCCUGCUGAUAUACAGUGUCUGCUCCGUAUAUGCACAAAUAUGCUUUAGUUUCCAAUUAGCCUUCCAAGCUAACCUUACUUAGUUCUGUGAUAGUAAUUUAACUGUUAACUCAAGUUUAGUGCACUUCAGAAGUGUUAAGUUAGAAGCGUUCCUCUGUUGUAACUUCUCCCAUUUUUAUGGGAAAACAAUGUUUGUGUGUAACUACUUCAUUUAGAGGGCUGUAACGUCAGUGUGUGCAAGUAAUCAGAGGUACAUCAGGUACCAACAGUCAACUUUCAACAACCUCAUUGGCAUUUGUGUCGAUAUCUUUGUGUACAGUAUUGUUCUGCCUGAUAGUAGCACCGACACCUGUUGUGAUCUUUUUAUUUUAAAUAUUUUGUAGUAGCAACAGUUGAACUUUUUGGUUUCUACAGUAUAUCUUACAUUAACUGUUAAGUGCAAAACUUUUUCAGGCUGUUUUAAGACUUAAGAGAUCGAAAACAGAAGGACAGAACAUUCUGCAGUGCCUUGGUUUGUGAAAGGCAAAGUAACUGGGUGAUAGUGUCCAUUUUAUAAAUUUUCAGUCAUUUAAUAAUGCUUAUUAUAAUAGUGCUAAAUUCAAGAAUUGCCGUUUUCAAUUGAGAUCAUUUUAGUUUUUCCCCCACUGGAGAAUGAAUGCUUUUUAUAUUCUUUUUAUUUAAUUUCUUGAAUGCUGUUGAGGAGGAACUUGUGGCUUGAGAUGGUUAAUUAGUUUAAUUCUUAAACAUUGAAAGUGUUGAGAGUGUCUGUCAGCUAUUAGCUGAGUUUGAUGGUGCAAUGUGCCAUUUCAUGGAAAUGAAAGUGUUACCUGCUCAUCCUAGUGAACACAAGAGUAGUUAAUAUUGAAACCGGGCCAAACAUUUUUUUUCAUACAUUUUAGAGCAUGUCAAAUACCUCAACCAAUCACAUGCUCUCUUAUUUUUAUUUCACCUGAACAGUUUUGCAUGUAUUAUGGUUUCGUAAAUCAGGACCUAACGGUGAAUCGGAGUGCCUCUGUGUUGAAUUCCCACUGGGCGAAUUAUCUGAAGCUUUUUUUGUUUGGCCAAUAUGCAGUGUAACACUGCCCUGGCAUAAUUAUUGACAGAACAGGGAUCUGUGACUGAUUUACCCUUCCUUCUUUCUUUUUUUUCUGAGUUAAAAUACAAACAGAUAUGGCAAAAAAGCAAGGCUGUAUAUAUAAGUGUGUACAGAUAUUCAGUCUUUGACCUUAAGUACAGACGGAUUCGGAUUUGUUGUACAUGCUGUGCUAGAAAUCAAACUUGUAUUUUUGCAAUAAAGUUAUAUUGAGCUCCAGUCAGGAGCAGAACGCUG